CACACACACACGAACAGAGACACACAUAUAAAAAGAAGCUAGGAUGCUUCUACCAUCAUCUCUGUCACCUUGUCCAGCAGGACAGAAAGAGACAUUCACCAGACAGCUGGACAAAAUCCCAUCCCAUGGAUUCUCUCAAGAUACUCACAACCCUCGCGAUGGUCUUUUGGCUUCCAGGCAGAUGCUAUGCCAGUUCUGAUGGUUCCUGGUGUUACACGGAGCCAUACUGUGGUCCUAAAACCUGGAUAUCCCUUGGUCAUUGCAACGGCAAGAGACAGUCACCCAUCAACAUUAUUCAGAGAGAAGCUUCCCACAACCCCAGUCUGGGUCCUGUGGAUAUUGUUGGUUAUGACAGCCGCAAAAAGCUGCUGGAAAUCAGAAACACUGGGAAAACAGUUGACAUAUCCCUGGAAGAUGGUCUUUACCUCGCUGGUUUUGGCCUUCCUGCCCGAUAUACAGCCAAAUCCUUUCACCUUCACUGGGGAGACGGCGCCUCGCAACCCGGCUCGGAGCAUCAGAUUGAUGGCAAACAAUACUCGAUGGAGUUGCACAUCGUACAUACCAAGAACAACAUGAACAUGGCGGAUGCUGUGAAGGAUCCAAAAGGCAUCGCAGUGCUGGCAUUUUUUAUCGAGGGAUUUGAGAAGGCUAAGAGCAAAACUGCAGAGGCAUGGGAACUGUUUGCCAAGAACCUCAAAAAAGUUUCGAAAAAAGGGGAAAGUGUGCGUCUUGAGAGCUCUUUUUCUCUGCUGGAUUUGAUGGGUUCCACUAACCUGACCCGUUAUUACCGCUACCCUGGAUCUCUCACCACCCCUGGCUGUGACGAGGCUGUGGUAUGGACUGUCUUUGCUGACCCAAUUCUGGUCCCUCCUAAAGUGGUGAAGAAAUUUACUUCAGAGCUCUCGUCUACGAAGGCUUCAAAGGAACCCCAGCUACCACUAAUAAACAACUUCCGUCCCCUACAGAAGAUUAGAGAUCGGAAAGUGGAGGCAUCUGAUGCUUUGAAGUCUUCAGCUGCCUGUUUUGUUUCCCCCCCAACUAUAUUCAUCCUCUUCCUUUCUAUCGCCACCUUUCUACAAUUCUUCUCCGUAUAAGGAAGGAUGGCAGGAGCGAACCAUGUGGACUUGCAGUUCCCGAGAGGUCACAGCUAGACUAUCACCUUUCUGCCCUGUACAAGUUCCAUUUUUACCUCCUCUUAACCCUCAAGCAGCUUAUUCAGGGGCAGAGGCCCAGAAAAAUAAAGUCCAAAAUUCAGGAGGUGACUAAGAAUCCCAUCAGUCAAGGAAUUUCGGCUAGUCCAG